GUUACUAUAUCCAUAUUCUUACGUUUUAUUCUCCUGUGUACUCUCAGCUACACAAACACACACAUAACACAAACAUUCAAUUCUCCCCAAAUAAUAAUAAUCACAGCAAGCUCAAUUUCCCAUAAUAAAUACCACCAAAUUCCUCAAUCAUUACUUUCAUUUCUAUAACUUAUAAACACACACUCACACACACACACAAACACACACACACCAAGUUCACCUUAAAUUACUCUACUAGAUCUGCUCCCCAUAAAGUGUUUUACUUAAAUUUGUUGUUUUUAUUAUGACUCACUUCAGAAAAUGAACUAUAAGGGCUGCUGAAAUAUGACAACAGUGAACAGUUUCGGAUCCGGGUCCGGGUCGGUUAGUUGUAAACCCGAAAAGGGUGUUUCGGAUCAGUUUCCAAUUGGGCUAAGAGUUCUUGUUGUUGAUGAUGAUGUUAUUUGUUUAAAGAUUUUGGAACAGAUGCUUAGAAGAUGCUCAUAUCAUGUUACGACAUGCUCCCAGGCUACUAUUGCUUUGAAUUUACUGAGGGAAAGGAAAGGCUGCUUUGAUGUGGUGCUGAGCGAUGUACAUAUGCCUGAUAUGGAUGGCUUUAAACUUCUUGAGCUUGUUGGCUUGGAAAUGGACCUUCCUGUUAUUAUGAUAUCAGCGGAUGGAAGAACUAACCUUGUCUUAAGGGGAAUUAGACAUGGGGCAUGUGAUUACUUGAUCAAGCCUAUACGUCAAGAACAGUUGAAGAAUAUAUGGCAGCAUGUUAUAAGGAAAAAGUGGAACGAAAAUAAAGACCAUGAACAUUCUGGAAGUGUGGAUGACAAGGACCACCACAAACUAGGUGGUGAUGACAAUGAUUAUGCCUCUUCUGUAAAUGAAGGAGGGGGAGGGAUUUUGACAUCUCAUAAAAAACGGAGAAGUAUUAAAGAAGAAGAUGAUGGAGAACUAGAAACCGAGGACCCUGGUUCAUCAAAAAAGCCACGUGUCGUGUGGUCUGUGGAGUUGCAUCAGCAAUUUGUUAAUGCCGUGAAUCAACUUGGAAUUGAUAAGGCGGUACCGAAGAGAAUUCUUGAAUUGAUGAAUGUUCCUGGUUUGACCCGAGAAAAUGUUGCAAGUCAUCUGCAGAAAUUUAGAUUAUAUUUGAAGAGAUUAAGUGGUAUGUCCCAGCAAGGAGGUAGCCCUAAUUCGUUUUGCGGGUCAAUAGAACAAAAUCCAAAAAUAGGUUUGUAUGGAAGAUUUGAGAUCCAAGCAUUGGCGGCCUCUGGUCAAAUCCCUCCUCAAACACUGGCAGCACUCCAUGCAGAGCUCUUAGGGCGGCCAACUGGUAAUAUAGGGUUGCCGUUAAUUGACCAUCAACCGCUCUUGCAGCCCUCUAAAUGCAUUCCUGUGGAUCAUAUCGUGUCAUGUAGUCAACCACCUUCAUCAAGUGUUGUAAAAAAAAUCCCGCAGCCAGUCAUAGAAGAUGUGCAUUCUGGGUUAGGCUCAUGGCAUUCUAACAACAUGGUCAGUAAUCACAGUGGAGUGGGUGGUCAAAAUGGAAAUAACAUGUUAAUCGGUAUGAUGCAAAGUCAAAGUCAACAGCUUCAGAAACAAUCAAUUACUGUUCAGCCUUCUCGUCUUGUGGUCCCAGCUCAAUCUUCCACUAGUUUUCAGGCAGGAAUUAGUGGUACUUCGGUAAAUCAGAUCACUAACUUUAAUAAAGGUUCCCAAAUCAACUACAGUCUUGUAUUACCUCGAUCUGAUGGUUCGUUAAAUGGUGUUGGUCAAAGGCCCGAAAGGGAUACAAAUACGAAAAUAACUGGUUGUCCAGUAGAUACUGAGGACAGAACUCAUGGUCAAAGUGGUCAAACUUUAGGCGAGAAACAAAUUUCGUUUGGUAAAUCCUCUCAAAAGCUUGAUCAGGGACCUCUGAGAAAUCUCGGGUUCGUGGGUAAAGGGACUUCAAUUCCAAGCCGGUUUGCUGUGUAUGAAGCUGAAUCUCUAUCAAGCAGCAACCUGUAUCAUGGGGAUAAUAAUGGUGGUGGUGGAAAGAGAGUCAAACAGGAGCCAAAUAAUGAGUUUAUAGAGAAUUCUAAAGUGGGAGGAAUGCCGAUCACGCAUCGUAUCUCUCAAAAUGAUCUCAUGAGUGUCUUCUCUGACUAGGUUAGAAGCUUGUGAAGAAUCAUGUACAUUAGAAGGAAGGAAACCUUGAAAUGUGUUUACCAUGAUUUCUCAGAGGUCGCAAAGUCUAUUGUUAGGUAGCAUUAUUACUGAAUAAGCUCUAUUAACACUCGAGAUUUGUUGUAUGUGAUGUAAUAUUAAUAUUUAGCUCAUUCAUCAUCAGUUACGGAAAGAUUUAGUAAUUGUAAUUAUACUCUCUUGUAUGAUCGAUGUUCGUUAUUACUUGUUCAUAAUUUUCCAAGGUACCCAUGAAAUCGUUAUUACUUGUUCAUAAUU